UUUUUUCAAAUUUUCUAUCAGGCUUCCCGAUCUUUUCUGAAUUUACAAAAAAAUUCAUGCAAAAAAAUUCAAAAAAGAAUUUAUUUUGGAAAAUUCAUUUUUUCUGUCUCAAUGUAUUUUAACCAGGGGGUGAGUGAGUGCUUUUUUGCUCAAUCCCCUCCCCUAAAUUUUUUUUCCAUUCCGGCGAAGGGGGAAUCUCUCCUAGCUACGGGCAUGACUUCAACUAAUAGACUCUCAACUUUGGAUUGUUGUUACUUAAACGCCGACUCAAAUAAAACAUAUUUAAACUUUUACCAUCAACUAACUGUUGGUUUAAACUGCUAAUUUUUUCACCCUAUUUUUAGUUUCGUUUUAAAUAUUCUGAAAAUUUUUUUCUAAAAACCAAACACUAGUCUCGACCUUUAUUUUAAACUCAAAAAAUAUGUUUCCAAAACAUCAUUCAAUUAAAUAUAAUUUUUUUAACAAUUUUUUAGGGGAGCAAUUCUAGCAAUGGAUAUGUCUCCAAUGGGUGAAACUUGUUAUACUGCUGGAUUAGAUGGAGUUAUUUGUUGUUGGACAAUUCCAUCAACUGUUGGUUUAGAUGUUUAUCAAACAUUUGACCCAAAUUUAUUGCAAGAACGUUUAAAUGGACAUACAGACGCUAUUUGGUCAUUAAGUUAUCAUUCUUCGUCGAAUAGGUUAAUUUCUGCGUCAGCUGAUGGAACAAUAAGAAUUUGGGUUGUUGGAUUAGCUGAUGGAGCAAUGCCUACACCUUUACUUAAAACAAUUACUGAAUUAGACAAGCCAAGAUCUAUUGAUGUUGUCUCAACUGAAUCUCAACAACUUUUAUGUGCUUGUGUUCAUUCUCAAUGUCAUAUUAGAGAUUUUGAAACUGGACAAAUUGUUUUGAAUUUUCAAAAAGUUGAGGAUGGAGGUUAUUUUUUAAUUUUUAAUUAG